AUGUUUGCUUGCCCGAUAGAAACUUCCUCGUCGCCGACUUCAACCAAGACGGAGCAGGACUCCGGUAGCGAUGAGACCGCUCCACCGAGCAUCAUCUUGUCCCCACAGCCCUCACCAAGCGAUCCAAAUGACCCUCUUCGCUGGCCACGUUGGAAGAAGCAUGUAGCGUUCGCCUCGGUGUGCGCCUUCACGUUCCUGACAAAUUUCGGGAUUGCCGGUCUGUCACCAGCGUUUUACAUCCUUUCGGGCGAAUUCUCCAAGCCAAUCAACCAAAUGUCACAUAUGCUUGUGUAUCCCAUCUUGGUUCUAAGAGUCUUCAACUUCUUCUGGGUGCCAAUGGCCAAUUUCUUUGGGAAAAGACCAAUCUUUGUGUUUGCUAGUGGACUGCUCUGCGACCUAUACUUUUUGCAUGAACGUGGUGGCAAAAUGGGGUUCUACAUGAACGCCAUAGCAGGUGGCAACACGAUCGGUCCCCUGGUCUGCGGUUUCAUCGUCACAAAUCUCUCCUGGCGCUGGCAAAAAUGGAUUACUGUGAUUUUGACUGCAAUAAACUUCAUUGCCAUCAUACUCUUCGUUCCUGAAACAAGGUACAAGCGGGAGGAAGUAGAUGGAGUUGACGACGCGAGUUACCCAUCAAACGAGAGGAUUGUCUUGACACAAGAAAAGGCCUCACAGGAUAUUAUCGGUCAUGGAAAUGUACAGCAACUGCCAAAGAAGACCUGGGCGCAGGAUCUGAGCUUGUGGAGCGGAACUUCGGAAACGAACAUUGCCAAGAUAUUCAUACGUAGACCUUUUCCAAUGAUCGUGUAUCCGGCAGUCAUCUACGCGUUUCUCUGCUACUCGAUAUCCCUUGUCAUCACGGUCGCUGUCAACAUUCUCAAUCCUUUCGUACUACAAGCACCUCCGUAUAACUGGAGCCCGCAAAUAAAUGGCCUCAUAAACAUCCCUGGUAUAUUGGGCAACGUUUUUGGAUCAUGGGCUGGAGGUAACCUGGUUGACGCCUGGUGCAAAUGGCGUACGACAAGGUAUCUUGGUGUCUACGAGCCUGAGAGUAGAAUCUACAUGGUAGCCAUCCCACUGGUGAUCACAACGUCGGGGUCCAUCCUGUUUGGUUAUGGCGUUCAGGAUGCGCUGUCGUGGGUGUCACUGUUCUUCGGCUAUGGGAUGAUCUCGGUAGCGCUGACUGCGAUCCCUACAGUUACUUUGGCGUAUUUGAGUGACUGUGCACUGCCAGUAAACUCUGACGUCCUGCUACUUGUCAAUGGGCUGAAGAACAUUGUGGCUUUUGGCUUCUUGUACGGUGUCAUACCUUGGGUUGACAGUGUUGGUUACACGAGUAGUUUUGGUACCCUGGCAGGUAUUUUUGCUGGCAUCGUUGGCGUCGGCGCUGUGUUUCUAAUUAUGUACGGCGCCACUGUGCGCCAUGUAUCGGCCCAGUGGAAAGUAAUCCUAGAGUGA